AUGGCCGCCUCCAGCAAUGAGACUGACUCUCCUCGCGGCUCCUCUUCUUCGUCCUCGGCAGCUACAUCACGCACACCACCGCAUCUCCCGACACCAGCCGAGUCUCUCCUCCUUCUCGUGUACCCAGUACUCCUUCUCUUUGGAACACUCUUCAGCGCGCUGUCACCCGAGACGAGAGCUGCGGCCUACGAUGCAGUGGGCCAGUCGCACGUCCAGGCCGAGGCCCCUUCGUACUUUGCCCGCAAGAACAACCUCUUCAACAUCCUCUUUGUCAAGCGCGGCUGGGCCUGGAUCACGGUGGCCUUCUUCGUCUUUGUCCUGAGCCACCCGUCCCUCCAGGUCUCGGCGUCUCGCAAACUCAAAGCCGGGCUCCGCUGGGCGGCCGUGACGGCCUGGUGGGUUCUGGUCACUCAGUGGUGUUUUGGUCCCGCCCUGAUUGAUCGCGGGUUCCGGUUCACGGGCGGCAAGUGCGAGGUUGCCGAGGCGGCCGUCUUUGAGGGCGGGUUCGAGGAUACCAACAAGGCCGACGUCCUGACUGCCGUGGCGUGCAAGGCGUCGGGCGGCAAGUGGCGCGGCGGUCACGACAUCAGCGGCCACGUCUUUUUGCUCGUCCUGGGCAGCUGGUUCCUGCUGCAAGAGGUCGGCUGGGUGGUGGCGCGGGCGGUCAAUAACAGCGGAACAGCAGGCGGCGGCUUCUCCAUCUUUGGUCGUCGUGGUGACGAGAGGUGUAUCGUGAUGCAUGAUGGCGCGGUCAAGGGCGCUGGUGUCGAGGCCGAAAAGGAGGGUGGCGCCAGGAUACAGCAGCAGCAACAACAGGGCAUGACAUUUGGGGCCAAGUUUGCCAUUGGAGUCGUCGGAUUAUCCUGGUGGAUGCUGCUCAUGACGGCCAUUUACUUUCACACUUGGUUUGAAAAGCUUACCGGCCUACUGACCGCCUUCAUCGGCAUCUACCCAAUAUACUAUCUCCCGCGAUGGAUUCCAGGUCUGAGAUCCGUGAUUGGACUUCCAGGCAUCUGA